AUGCCACAACACCAACCACCCCACGACCAUACCGGGCCGCCCAAUUCGCCGCCGACAGCCCUCGUCGAGUUCGAAGAGGGCAACGAAGACACAGACACUGCCUCCGCCGCGGUUGCAGCCCUGAGAGCCUUCAGCGCCACUCACCUCACACUCACAAGAUCGAAGGCGUCUGUAUCUCCGCCCUCCUCCCACCUCAAAACGAAUUCGCUCCUGUCCGCUCCUCGUCCGCCUAGAACCUCAUCGCUUUUACCGCCGCCGCGAGUCUUGCAAAAGCUGCCACUCGAAGGUGACGAGUCCACAGGGAGUGCCGAGACCGCAUCCGCCGGAGACCGUUAUUGGCACCAGCAAACCGCUGACGCCGCGACAAACAAGGACCCGCACGAGCUUAACACGUCCCCAGAUCAAGACGGCCCUUGGAACACGCACCAUCCGAAGCAUAGCCAACUUCAUCAGCGGCCGGCCCAAACUCCACACGACCGAUCCGAAAGCGCCGUUACGCAGGGUCUAUCGCAGCCUCUAGACGAGAGCUUCCGGUCAAGAGAGACUGAGGUUGGCCUCCACAACCACCGCGUGCACCAACAGUCGCAGCCUGGCGGCGCUCCCUCCGUUGUGCCAGUCAAAUCAUUGACCUCGGCCGUGGACAGGCCGCGUACCGGGCCUCUGCCACCUGAGCAGUGCAGCCACCAGAUGCCUCAGGACCUGCCACGCGACGGCCAACCAGCGCGGGGCCAUGGCCGCCGUCGCAGCUCAAAGGGUAGCACCGAUGCUGACAAGGCAAAAGCAGCUAAGCCGCCGUCCCAGAAGGCAAUGCUCUCGCGCGCACUACAAAAGGCCAAUACGGCCGUCCAGCUCGAUAACGCACAGAACCUCGAGGGCGCUCGCAUCGCAUACUCGGAAGCCUGUGAUCUCCUGCAGCAGGUGUUGCGACGAACAUCCGGCGAUGAAGAUAAACGGAAGCUCGAGGCAAUCCGUCAAACGUAUGCCAGCCGAAUAGAAGAACUAGACCAAAUAGGCCCGAUGCAGAAUCAUAGUACGGCAUUGAAGGCACUGCCUGCUAGGCCCGGCAGCGACGAAUACAGUCCGGAGCUGGUCCAGAAGCAAUAUAAUGCCGCCAGCAUCGCGUCCAACAUGAUCUCCUCUAGCGGGGGCAAAUUGGCAGAAGGCUCAAGCACGACUCGAAUCUACCCCCGGCGGCCGACCUCGCCUGCGUCAAAUACUCAACAACACGAUGACGACCAGCCACCGCCCAACAUCAGAGCUACAGAAUGGCAACGAACGGCCCCGAAUGACCAGCAAGGCAUGCUGCAAUCAUCGUUUUCCAAACCCAGCUCUCGCUCCAACCACACACCCACAGGCUCACAGGAGCGAGCUCUCGACAUGCCACCUCCUCUGAACUCAGUCAGCGCAGCCUCGCCGCUCAAAAGCCCGCCAGGGAAAAACUCAAAGUAUCAGCAAAGCCAUGAUUUUGUUAGACAAUCUGACUCCAUGGACGAACUUGGCCAUGCUCGUGAUGGCAGCCAAAAUUCUUGGCUUGAUGGGAUUGGCGAAUCUGGAGGCUCAACAGCAUCAUCAAUCCAUUCGAGGACCUCGUUGGAGGGGUUGCGGAGAAAGCAUCUACGAAGUGCAAGUGGCCAAACUGAAGCCGAGUUUGAUACUGCCCUUGACGCUGCGAUUGAAGCUGCGUACGAUGACGGGUACGAGCCCACGGGAACAGAUAAUAUAGGGGAAAAAGAUGCAGGCGAAGAAGCUGUAGCCAGGGUUUUGCGAAAAGUCGAGAGGGCACGCGAGCGGGUUCGUCGGACGGAGCAGGAAACACUUUCCCUUUCCAAUGGCGCGGACAUGGCUGGACUACUUUCGCCCAGACAUUACAGGUCCACUCAUUCUCGGAAUGGCUUCUAUGAUGACAACUCGUCGGAUGAUGAAGAGCGCAUGCUGGAAGAAAUGGCCCGUGACUACGACAUUGGUGACUUCACCAUGAGUGAAGCAGUUCCCAUCAUAGUGACUCGUGACGAGGAAUGCCGGUCGUCCACUCGACACGUGGAGGCACCGCCCGAAUCAAGAUCUCAGGUUGAGCCUGUGCGGUCCCUGAUGGAGAAGAAGUCAACCUCGAACAUCAUAAAAGGCCUCGGGCCAAGCUUGCCACCGCCCAACACCUCACUGCCUGAGCUUCCUCCGCCGCGCGGCACAUCGCCCAUGCAGAGUGUACGGAAUCGCCGCCUGUCUGGACAGAACCCUAAGCAGCUGAAAAUCGAUACCACAAAGCCGAACCCGAGCCCAUUGGUCAUUCACUCACACUCGGAUCAAUUGCGAGCUGCCCGCGAACAAGAGAAUGGCCGACCGUCUACAGCAACGGGACGCAUCCGAACUGUCUCCCAUGCACGUUCGACUCCUUCCAUAGACGUUACACCUUCUGACCCGUCGAUUCUUCUGUCAAUGGCAAGUCAUCGAAUACCCACGGACCUGGAUGAAUCUCCACCGGGCAAACCAGCUUCGCCAACAGCUACUGGCCACAAGUUGCGGAAGAACUUUUCCUCUUCUAGCCUACGAAGUAUGAAGAGCAGGAACAUGUCACUGUCGAACCUCGAAGAUCCAUCAGAUAUGUCACCCGGCACACCGUCGAGCAACCAGUUUGGCGGCUCAAGAACUCCGGCGGUGCCUACCAUUCCAACGCCUAUGAGCUCAGAGUUCCGCGACAACCUCGACUCCUCGUCGACAGGAGCUCGCCUCUUUGAUGACCAUUUUCAUCAGCCUACGAGCCCUGGAUCGGCGGACAAUGCACACCCGGACGCCCCAGUGCCCCUGGAGGCAUGUCCUCACGACUUCCUGCUCCGACCUUUCUGGCUCAUGAGAUGCAUCUUCCAGACACUGGUACAUCCCCGUGGUGGCUAUGUCAGUACAAAGCUAUUCGUCCCUCGUGACGUUUGGAAAGUCAAGGGCGUGAAGCUGAAGAAUAUUGACGACAAAAUUGCGAACUGUGACCUCCUCACAGCUGCCCUGCUCAAACUAGCACAAGUGGACACGUGCGACGCGGAUGCUGUUCUGGAGGAGAUGCAGUCGCUUGAAGGGAUUCUCGAGCAGGUACAGGCAUCCCUCACUCGCAAACUCGGAAAUGACGUCGGAGUCCAGGGCUCAGGGUCACUUUUCAAAGAGGCAGGCGGCGAUGGGGAUGGUACUUCGGGCGUCCCACGGUCAGGCAGCGUAUCCAACAAACCAUCCUUUUCGUGGCGACGCUUAAGGUCGAAGAGUUCGGGAGUCGCACUUAGUGGCGCAUACAACAGCAGCAGGACUGCUGUGGGAGAUGCAGGCAAAGGGGACCUAGGCAUGGCCAGUCUGCCCAUGACGGCGCAGCCUACAAGCCGCCCGCCGAGACGUGACCUUGCCCAAGCGCAAUUCAUUGGACCCAAUGCGAACUAUAUGAGCUCACUCGCGCGCUUGUUUGAUGCAGCCCAGGCCGUUGAUCAGAUUGCUCGCCAGGUGGACGACCCUGGUCUGCGUCACGCAGACAAGACGCAAGUUGGCCUAGAGCUUUGCACGCGCCAUGCCGCUGAAUUUUUUGGCUUUUACAUCUGCCGAUUUGCAUUGGCUGACCUCGGUUUGCUGCUAGAGAAAUUUAUCAAGAGAGGAAGCGAAUGGGUUUUAGCAUAA